UCAAGCACUUCUGGAAGUGCAAGCUGGGAGCGCGGCGGGCCAGGGAUAAAGCCAGGUCCCGGGACGUGCCAGCUGCGGUAACUGAAGCCGGGGUCCCGGGCGGGCGGGGGUACCAGGGACAGGAGAGGCCUUAGAAAGAGGAGGGGGCCUGCGCCCACGACCGUCGGAAUCGCCGCCUCUCCGCCGGCACCCCCAGGCCCCAUGCCGCUAACAGGCCGGCGAGGCUGGCACGGUGCCCUGGCCCGGGGCGGAAAGCAGGAAGUCGACCCCGCGGGCGCGGCCCAGGGUGCGGCGCUGCAGGUGCGGCGCAGGGUGGCGGGGCGGGCGCCCAGUGCACCGGAGGAGGUGAGCGCCAGGUCGCCUUCGCGGCCGGGGGACAGAGGCAGGGGCGCGGGAGCUGGUGCGGCUGGACCGGGCGGGGAAACAGUAUUUUCUGGAAGGGGGCCCCUCUGAAGCGGUCCAGGAUCCUGCACAUGGCGCUGACCGGGGCCUCAGACCCUUCUACAGAGGCAGAAGCCAACGAGGAGAAGCCCUUUCUGCUGCGGGCAUUGCAGAUUGCGCUGGUGGUCUCCCUCUACUGGGUCACCUCCAUCUCCAUGGUGUUCCUUAAUAAGUACCUGCUGGACAGCCCCUCCCUGCAGCUGGAUACCCCCAUCUUCGUCACCUUCUACCAGUGCCUGGUGACCACGCUGCUGUGCAAGGGCCUCAGCGCUCUGGCCGCCUGCUGCCCUGGUGCUGUGGACUUCCCCAGCUUGCGCCUGGACCUCAGGGUGGCCCGCAGUGUCCUGCCUCUGUCAGUGGUCUUCAUCAGCAUGAUCACCUUCAAUAACCUCUGCCUCAAGUACGUCGGUGUGGCCUUCUACAAUGUGGGCCGCUCGCUCACCACCGUCUUCAAUGUGCUGCUCUCCUACCUGCUGCUUAAGCAGACCACCUCCUUGUAUGCCCUGCUCACCUGCGGCAUCAUCAUCGGGGGCUUCUGGCUUGGUGUGGACCAGGAGGAGGCAGAAGGCACCCUGUCGUGGCCGGGCACUGUCUUUGGCGUGCUGGCCAGCCUCUGUGUCUCGCUCAACGCCAUCUACACCAAGAAGGUGCUCCCAGCGGUAGAUGGCAGCAUCUGGCGCCUGACCUUCUACAACAACGUCAACGCCUGCGUCCUCUUCCUGCCCCUGCUCAUGCUGCUCGGGGAGCUUCAGGCCCUGCGUGACUUUGCCCAGCUGGGCAGUGCCCACUUCUGGGGGAUGAUGACGCUGGGCGGCCUGUUUGGCUUCGCCAUCGGCUAUGUGACAGGACUGCAGAUCAAGUUCACCAGUCCCCUGACCCACAAUGUGUCGGGCACGGCCAAGGCCUGUGCCCAGACGGUGCUGGCCGUGCUGUACUAUGAGGAGGCCAAGAGCUUCCUCUGGUGGACGAGCAACAUGAUGGUGCUGGGCGGCUCCUCUGCCUACACCUGGGUCAGAGGCUGGGAGAUGAAGAAGAUUCCAGAGGAGCCCAGCCCCAAAGAGGGCGAGAAGAGUGCCAUGGGGGUGUGAGCGCCACAGGCACCCUGGAUGGCCUGGCCCCGGAGCCCGUACAGCAGUGAAGGCGGUCUCCUGGACCCCAGAAGGGUGCUGUGGUAUGGACUGGGCACUACUUACAGACCCAAUCAAAAUACGGUGGUUGAGAAGGAACCAGUGUUUACAAGUAGUAUCAGAAAGUUGAAGGAACCAGUGUUUAUAAGUAAUACCAGAAAGUUGCCAAAUCUGUCUCUA